UAUCUAAUAUCGAAUGGAAACUAUCAAAACUUGGCAGCAUGGAAAAUAAAAGCAGAUAAAUGUUUAUCGUAUGCAAAUCUGUAUGGAAUUUCAAUGGCGACUCUUUCAACAAGUUCAACUCGAAUAUCAUCAUCGUUUGGUUUAACUCAACAGUUUAGUCAAGCUUGGUUUGGAACUGCUAUUUAUAGUUUUCAAUAUUUUCAAGCUACACAGAUAUUCAAUACAGCUCAUCCAAUAAUAUGUUAUAUACAUUUGAAAAUCUCUUAA